AUGGCACAAACAUUUUCGCUCGAGGGCAGAGCCCUGAAACUCGACUCGGCUGCCGACAUGGAUAAACACAUCGCCGACCUCAAGACCAACAACGACGUCGAGGAAGUCAUUUUUGUGGGAAACACACUGGGUGUCGACGCUUGCAAGGCUCUGGCCAAAGUGCUCGAAUCAAAGAAGAAGUUAAAGGUCGCCAACUUUGCCGACAUCUUCACAGGACGCCUCUUGUCCGAGAUUCCUGAUGCUCUGACUCACCUGCUCACCUCGCUGCUCGUCCUGCCCCAUCUCCACACUGUCAAUCUCUCCGACAAUGCCUUUGGCCUCAACACCGUUGCUCCCUUGCAGCCCUUCCUUUCGCAGCACGUGCCUCUGCAACACCUGAUUUUGAACAACAACGGUCUCGGUCCUGCUGCCGGAACCCUCGUCGCCGAAGCUCUCACCACUCUCGCCGGAAAGAAAGAGCAAGCUCGCAAGGAUGGUCAGACAGUGCCUGAUCUUGAGACUGUCAUCUGCGGUCGCAACAGACUGGAGAACGGCUCCAUGAACGCAUGGGUCCAAGCAUACUCGGCCAACAACAAGAUCAAGACUAUCCGCAUGGUUCAGAACGGCAUCCGUCAAGAAGGCAUUUCUGCCCUGUUGCAGAACGGUUUGAGCAAGUGCGACGCUCUCGAGGUCCUUGACCUGCAGGACAACACCUUUACCGCCAUGGGUGGUCGCGCCCUUGCCGAUGUCAUUGCAAACUGGUCUGUCAUCAAGGAGCUCGGUGUCGGCGACUGCCUGCUUAGCGCCCGUGGUGCUGUCAUGCUCGCAGACGCCCUCAAGUCUGGCAAGAACAAGACUCUACAGACGCUUCGCCUCCAGUACAACGAGAUUGAUGUAAAGGGCGUCGAAGCUCUGUGCAAGGUUGGCCAGACCGACGCCCUGCCCGCCCUUCAGCGUGUUGAGCUGAACGGCAACAAAUUCUCUGAGGAAGACACCAACGUCGAGGCUCUCAAGUCUCUGCUCGAUGAGCGCAGAGAGGAAAACGCCCCAGACGCCGACGAAGAUGACGAGACAUGGGGAAUCGACGAGCUCGACGACUUGGAAGAGGACAGUGACGACGAAGAUGAGGGGGACCACGACGAUGACGACGAUGCUGAAGAAGAGCAAGUCCUUAAACAGGCCGAUCGAGCCGAAUCAGAGAACGUCGCCCAAGAGAAGGACAAGUCAGUUGAUGAGCUCGCGGACCUCAUGGGCAAGACGGAGCUCAAGUAA